AAUUAUGUAUCAUAUCAAAUAGAAAAAAUGUUGUUUGGUUUAAUAAAAUUUAUUUAUAUGUUCACACCAAUAAAUAGUUACUAACUUUUUAAUUAUCCAAUAUAUAUUUAUUAUUUCAUAGUAUAUAAAAAACAAAUAAUACAUAAAAUAGUUUUUAUAUAAAAUAUUGAUCUCGCACAAGAUACGAAUUUUAACCUAGUUUAUAUAAUAAAAGAAUCGGUAGAAAUGCGUUGGCUAAAGAGAUGUUUACAAUAAAUAAAUAAUAAUAGUUGGAAAGAUGUAUAUUUGGUGAGUAGUCAUACUAAGUUUAGACUAAAAUUAUGUUAUUUUAUCCGCGGAAAAUGCUUGGAAUUUUCAAGAGGCUGUUUCGGAUUUGAGUUCCUCUCUUCAUAGUCAAAGAAGAAAAAUCAAUCUAUAAUAGUCCUUUCGUGAUUAUAAUUGAGCUGCAAUAGAACUCGUCUUCAGGAGCUUACUCUAGUUGUUUUCCUCUGUCGGCCAUGAAGUGUUUAGGAGUAUCUACAUGUUUGAUGCUUAAGAUGAACUUAUUAGUAUCUGUGGGUUCCUUUUCUUAAUUUUUUUUAUUUAUUCUUCGAAAUCUUUUAUGAAAUCCUGGGAGGUUAAUCUAUCUACCGAGGAGGGCGCUCCCGAUCUUCCUAUAGACCAAAAUAGUUAUGAUAGCUGCAUUAUUUUAGCAUUCAUCACCCAGUGAUCAUAGUCAUGUGUUAUCUUCCUGUCAAACUUCUAACGAAGUGAUUUGCAUUUCCUAUCUUUUAUUUAGUUAGACAAAAGAUGUAACGGGUGGACCAAUUCAACUUAGAGAUAUAAAUCCUUUCUUUCCUUUUCUUUCAACGAAAUUGUGAAACGAGACGUGGCAAGUAGGAAGUGGCUACCGAAAAGAAAUGUAAUGUUUCUAAAGACUUUCUUGCCAAAGUAUUUGGAUUCACACGCUAUUUUGACUACGGUUGGUUGACACUUGACACUGACAGUGUUAACUUGGAGUCAACUCUUAUAAUCCAUCUUGAUGAGCAAGAUUUAACCAAGACAACUAAAAACCACUUUUUCGACAGAUCAGUUGGAAGAAAAGCGAUUCCCAAGAGGUGACUAUUAUUUUUAUUUCUUUAGUUUUCUCAUUUCUUGUCAAAGAAAGGGCUUUGAUAUUUUGCAUUUUGCAAAUUUUCUUUUAUCUCAAUUAGUUCAUGUCUCUUUAGAAAGUUAUGAGUACACUAAUUCUGUAAAUUUUGCCAAGAAAAUAUGAUCUAAAACAUAAACUCCCCGUCCUGGAUUUCCUCUAGUGAUUAUUGAUAUAAAUAUACUAUUUCUACUUCCAUGGUUAAGCAGGAGACAUAUGGCUGAGACACUUUUGUCGUUUGGAGUUCAGAAGCUUUGGGAGCUUCUUGCCCGAGAAUCUGAUCGAUUUAAGGAAGUUAACGAGCAACUUACUGUACUGAAAAGUGAUGUCAACUUGCUUAGGUCCUUCUUAACAGAUGUAGAUGCCAAGAAACAUGCAAGUUCAGUGGUUAGAAACUGUGUGGAAGAGAUCAAGGAAAUCGUUUUCGACGCUGAGGACGUAAUCGAAACAUUUAUUUUGAAGAAAGAUCUUGGACGAACAAGUGGAAUCAGGAAGCGCAUGAGAAGAUUUGCUUUCACCAUAGCGGAUCGCAGGGAACUUGUGUCUCAAAUGGAAGGCAUAAGUAAGAGAAUCUCCAAGGUGAUCCGAGAUAUGCAAAGUUUUGGGGUGCAACAGAUGAUUGUCAAUGGCAGCGGGUAUUCAGACACUAUCCAAGAAAGACAAAGGGAGAUGAGACAUACUUUUCCUAGCGACAACGAAAGCGAUCUUGUGGGUUUGGAGGAAAAGGUGAAGAAAUUGGUUGGCUAUUUGGUAGAAGAAGAGAGCAUUCAAGUGGUUUCUAUAUGUGGGAUGGGCGGUAUUGGCAAAACUACCCUGGCUCGCCAAGUUUUUAGUCAUGAGAUGGUUAAGAAACAUUUUGAUGGAGUUGUGUGGGUUUGUGUGUCACAACAGUUUACACGAAAAUAUGUGUGGCAGACUAUCUUUCAGAGGUUUAGUUCAAAUCACGAUGAACACAGAGGGUCAGAUAUGACUGAAGAUGAGCUUCAAGACAAACUUUUUCGACUACUCGAAACUAGCAAAUCUUUGAUUGUCCUGGAUGAUAUGUGGAGAGAAGAUGAUUGGGACAAUAUAAAGCAUGUGUUUCCACCAACAAAAGGAUGGAAGGUAUUAUUUACUUCUCGCAACGAGAACGUUGCACUACGCGCAGAUCCAGAAUGCGUAACUUUCAAACUAAAGUGCUUAACCCCAAAAGAAAGUUGGACACUUUUUCGGAGGAUAGCUUUUCCUAGGAAAGACACAUCAGAGUUUAAGGUUGAUGUAGACAUGUUAGAGAUGGGCAAGAAAAUGAUAAAACAUUGUGGAGGACUACCAUUGGCUGUCAAAGUGUUAGGAGGCUUGUUAGCUGCCCAACCCACUUUAAGUGAGUGGAAAAGGGUUUAUGAGAAUAUUGGAUCUCACUUGGCAGGAAGAACUAGUUUUAAUGAUGGAUAUUGCAAUUCAGUUCAUAGUGUACUGUCUCUAAGCUUCGAAGAGUUGCCUACUUUUUUGAAACAUUACUUCCUCUACCUCGUCCAUUUUCCCAGAGAUUAUCAAAUCAGUGUGGAGAAUUUAUCCUAUUAUUGGGCUGCAGAAGGAAUACCAAGGCCGAGUUAUUCCGAGGGAGCGACAAUUGAAGAAGUCGCAGAGGGGUACAUAGCAGACUUGGUGAAGAGAAACAUGGUUAUUUCUGAAAAAAAUGCUUCUACUUCAAAAUUUGAAACAUGUCACUUACAUGACAUGAUGAGAGAAGUUUGUCUGCUUAAAUCUGAAGAAGAGAAUUUCCUACAAAUUGUUCACGGUUCAUCAUCGUCAACUGCAUGCUCUAAAUCUCAUCGUAAAUCUCGCAAACUCGCUGUACAUCGGGCUGAUGAAACAUUUAGUAUGGAGAAGGAAGUGUAUAGUCCAAACCUUAGGUCUCUCUUGUUUAUUUGGGGUUCAGACUGGAGGGCGUCAGGUUUAUUCUUUGACAGGCUAAAAAUGAUGAGGGUUUUGGAUCUCUCUAGAGCGCAUUUUGAAGGAGGGAAGAUACCAUCUAGCAUUGGAAAACUCAUCCAUUUAAGAUAUCUAAGUUUAUAUAAAGCACAUGUAUCUCGUCUACCUUCUUCAAUGCGGAAUCUGAAGCAGCUGGUCUAUUUAAAUUUAUGCUUAUAUGCGAGAUAUCCAGUUUAUGUGCCAAACAUUUUUAAAGGCAUGCAAGAAUUGAGAUACCUUUCAUUACCUUCAGGGAGAAUGCAUGAUAAGACAAAGUUGGAAUUAGGUAACCUAAUCAACUUGGAGACAUUGAAGUUCUUCUCAACAAAGCAUAGCAGUGUGACGGAUCUUCACUGUAUGACAAGGCUAAGGAAUCUCUUAAUCAUAUUCAACCAAGAGGGGUGUACUAUGGAAACGCUAUCUUCGUCUUUAAGUAAACUGAGACAUCUGGAAAGUCUUAGCAUAGAUUACAAUCAUUUCAAGGUUUUUUCUCCCACGGAUGAUGAAAAAGGAUUUGUUUUGGGCUGUAUCCAUCUAAAAAAGCUGGAGUUGUGUAUAUACAUGCCAGGGUUACCUGAUGAGAAGCACCUUCCUUCUCACCUUACAACCAUAUCUCUAACUGGUUGUCGUUUGAAAGAGGAUCCAAUGCUGAUUCUAGAGAAAUUGUCACACUUGAAAGAGGUUGAUUUAGGGAAAAGAUCAUUCUGUGGGAAGAGAAUGGUUUGCUCGAGGGGUGGGUUUCCUCAGUUGCAGUUGCUAUUAUUUCUUGGAUUACAUGAGUGGGAAGAGUGGAUAGUAGAAGAAGGUUCAAUGCCCCUUCUUCAUACUCUCGAUGUUAGUUAUUGUGCAAAAUUAAAGGAGGUUCCUAAUGGGAUACAAUUUCUCACUUCUUUAAAAGAUCUGUGUAUGGGAGAGGAAUGGAAGAAGAGACUAUCAGAAGGAGGAGAAGAUUAUUACAAAGUCCAACACGUCAUUUCUGUUCGGUUUGGAGGGAAAGCUUGAUUUUAUACUAGGACCUACGAUUUAUGUCUUCAUGUCUGCAGGGGGAUUAUCCUGAGUCGAUUAGGAACCUUAGCCUCACCGACUGGAUAUUGUCUCCAUCCACUAAUUAACGCUCAUCGUCCACUAAUCAUCACUUUUCCAUCGUCCUGGUCAUUGAUCUGACCAUCGAUCUAUCACCACCAUCCAAGUAAGGUCCACUUUGUGCCUACCUCAACAUAGAUCCCAAAGAUAUUAAACUGGGAAUAAUUCAUUGUUCCCAGCUCCAAUCAAUGGCAAUGGCAGGUAGCAGUGUCCAGAGCCGGCCCUAGGCUAAAGCUGGUAAAACCCAUGCUUUAGACACCAAAUUAUGUUAUAGUUUUAAGGGGCAGCAAAAUUGUUAAAGUUCAUGGUUCGGAAUAUUACUUUAAAGUAAACAUGGAGUGUUCGAAGUCUUAAAUGCACACAUCACAUGCUAAACAGGUGAACAUAUUCUAUGUGUUUCUUAUGUGUAUUAAUUUUCUUACUACUGCAUUAACCAACAUUCUAGAAUUUUCUCUGCAGUCCUUUUGUUUUUUUUUAUCACAAUUUUUCCUGGUUGUCUAUUUCUUAGGUUUUGGAUUGAAAGAGGCUAUGAUCCACGGAAAGAUCAUGAGUCUCGUGUGUGAAUUUUUUGUCUCUCUCUACAAACAUUCAUUUAAAAUGAAUGGUAUGUGAUAUGGUAAAGAAGAAUUCUCAUUUUAUGUACCUUCAAAAUCAGACUAGAACAGAAAAGUUUGUCAAAUCUCUUCCUUUUUUGCAUCCAGUCUGCAGGUGUAUGUUAAACCUUUUAACCUCAAAUUUUUUUUUUUU